AUGUCGCAACCACGGCGGCAGCGCCAUGGUGAGGAAAUCCAAUCUCUUGCCUCGCAUCCUUACGUGGUCCCUUCCCCUUUACCCGUCUUCGAGUCUGUCUCUUCUUCUUCGUCUUCAACCACCGCUGCCACUCCUCUCCCGCCCAACCACCUGGUGAUUGCGCGCUCCAGCGCUGGUGGAACCGCCCCAGCUCCAAGAGCCCAUCCCAGAAGCCGCCAGGCUGAAGAACUCCCAUCUGCUAGUUUCCCGACUGCUCCUGCAGCUCCCACGAACCAUCGUUCACCCCAGCUCGACUCUCACCUUCAACGGACCGUCAAGCCCACCACGAACUUCGGCCGCGCUGCCACCGCUCCGGGCCCUUGUUCGCCAGUUCGAUUGGUAACUCAUUCGGGGUUCCCGGUUCCUCCAACCGGAAUACCGGAGUGUGUGUCGCCCGCAUCCACUACCUCAUCUCGCUCAUCGAACUCGGUGUCAACCGCGAGGCCUCCUGGUGGAACACCCAAACCCACGCUGCACAGCACCGGCUCGACCGCAUCGCCCGCUGCGAUCAGGGCCAAUCCCGUCACUCCAUCCGGUUUUGCCAAACCGCCGACGUCGAGCGCCAUUCAUGUCUCCGCAAUGGCAGAUGGCAAGGGUCAGAGGACGGUGCCGCGCACAUCGUCAAUAGAUUCCGCUAUUUCGUCGCUUUCAUCGGCGUCCCAUUCGCACAAGUCUUCGCUCGACUCAAACAAUGUCACUCCUGCGGACAUCGCGAAUCUGGUUUCGGCUGCCGGAUCGCCCGAAGCGGUUAUCAUCCAUUUAGUCAAAGAAAAACAACACGCCGCCUCCCAAAACGCGCAGCUAUGGAAGUUGGUGGACAAGCAACGAACAAUGUUACUGGCCCUGAAUAAGGAUCUGGAACGGGCCAUGAAGGAGAAAGACCGGUAUAAAAAGCGCCUGAAAGAAAUUCAAAAUGCUCCCCCGCCACUCCCCUCAGAUUUACCCCGUUCCACAGCUCGAAACGACUGGAGCAAAAAGCGUAACGAGAAACACGGGCUCGGAAAUGACGGUCAUGCGGAGACGGCUCAAAGCGCGCAAGAGCCCAACGAUGUUGAGCGCGGAUCCUUUUUUGCCGACGAGAUUCAUUCUUCACCAAACAGUAUACCACAAUCUACGGAUACCGACACCCAAACUCCAACAGACCCUCAUUCUGAAGCCUCCCCGCAUACAGUGAAUUCGACUCAAAACCAAGAGUCUCUAGAGACCGGUUUGGGGGUCGUGGAUGAUGAUGUCCGCGAACAAGACCUUGGACUACAAAACACUGUCGCAACUGAGGUUUUUUCAACCGAUAUCAGUACCUUAACCCCUCCUGAACGCUCACAGCUCGUUAAAGACACUGCCAAAAUCCCACUCCCUGCAAGGAAACCCCCUCCAGCACCCUUGAAGUUAGAUGAAGCUCAGAAAGUCAGGCCCCGCAUUGUCCUCGAUAACCGCAAAGCUAGCGCUGACUCCGAAUACGACGAGAUAUUGGACGAUAACGAAAUUCCAACGGUGGAACGAGGAAGGAGAAAGACGCGAGAAGAGGAUGAUAGGUUACGGGAGGCCAUGAUGCUGAAGGAGCAAGAGCUUCGAAGCCGAUCAAAUAAGAAGAAACUUAAGCAACCCGAACCCUCCGAGAGUGUUCAAAAAGAGCACACCCAAACCUUACUCGGCGUUGGCCUUCCCGCGAGCCCACGCUCCGGUUUCGCACCCUCUCCCAGACUUGCCGCUAUGCAAUCUCCGCCCCCAGCGGCUGUCUCCGCCAUCUUGCACCCUGAAGUGUCUGAUUCAAGUGCUUCCGACAAGUCUCGUUUGACCUCACCUCUUAGUCCAGGUUUACCACUAAGUCCUCGGCCUGGGGACCGCCCCUUAGGUUCACCAGCCCCACGUUUUCCGAAAGAUUCCAGUCCUCUAGCCUCCCCACCAAUUUCACCGAGGAACAUAGUGCAAGGCCAAUUCCAAAAUAUGUUCGACCCCAUUGUCCCGCAGGUCACUACGGGAGACGAUACCAAGGAUCCGAGUGACCAGCCCACUGGAAGCGACGCCAAGCCCUCGAAUACUGAUAUUCCAACAUACAAGCUUACAGUUGACAAUGAUAGCCCUGUUUCUGUAGGUAGAACAUCCCACACUAUAUACCGUGGGAUGGUGUCUGCUGAUUAUCCUGAUUUACUCCUGACGCCAAUCUCGUUGCCCUCCAUUGAUGUAAGGGUCUCGUCGUCAAGAUUACGCCCUUCGCGAAGUAGCUAUCUUGCGCUAAAACCGAUAGAGGAGGAACCUGUGUUUACUUUAAGCGUUUACUCCCGAGUAAAACAUGUCGAACUCUGGCGUGUUGAGAAAGCUAUCAUCUCACUCCCACAACUGGACCAACAAAUAAAACAACUUAGCAAUUUCCCCGCGAAAUUACCAGAGAGAUCCGUGUUUACCGGCCAUUCUCCUGCAAAGGUCGAUGCUAGGAGGGCAGCUUUGAAUGCCUACUUUGAAUCUUUGCUUACCCACCCCAUGGAUGAAGAUGCGGCGUUAGUGGUGUGCCAAUUUCUCAGCACGGACGCCAUCGAACCUCGAGAUGACGAAUCGAAUUUACUUCACGGACCCGGGAACGGGAAACCCCCAAUAUCGUUCGGCCCUGACGGGAAACCAAGGAUGGAGGGUUAUCUCACGAAAAGGGGAAAGAACUUUGGCGGAUGGAAAUCAAGGUACUUCGUUCUUAAUGGGCCCGAGUUGAAAUAUUAUGAAUCUCCCGGUGGACCUCACCUUGGAACGAUAAAAAUCCAACACGCACAAAUCGGCAAGCAAUCACCAUCCGGCAAAAACCAAUCACCCUCGCGGGGGGAGGAUGAUUCGGAAAACCAAUACCGACAUGCUUUCCUAAUUUUAGAACCAAAGAAGAGAGAUUCAUCGGCACUAGUUCGCCAUGUCUUGUGCGCUGAGAGUGACAACGAAAGGGAUGGGUGGGUUGAAACCCUUCUUUGUUACGUGGAGCCUCGUGAAGUGGAUGAGGAUUAUCAUAGCGGUCAUACCCAAACCAUGAAAUCUACCUCCAACGUCCCCUCUCGGUCACGGCUUCAGCCUGCUCAUUCAAAGAAGCCAGGUCCAGAAAACAGUCAGUCAGGGGCUGCGGAUAUGCUCCAAGCGUUUAGUUAUGAUGACGUUGUCGCUGCAGAGGCCCCCGUGCGUGGCCCUAGUGGCGGCAAGGUAACCCCUCCAGUUGGUCACUUUGUGGACCAUUCGGGGCGCCAUUUUGAGCAUGAUAACUCGUCGCCCACUCACAAGACCAUCUCCGGACCGACCAAUGGAAUGAAAAUUCAGGAUGCAGGCGCCUGGGGGAAUAGAACUGCAACUUCGACAAAGGAAAAGAAGCGUAGUAUCUGGGGUUUCCGAGCUCCCACCGCGGCAGAUUUAGCCGGUCAAGGGCUAAGGCAAGAGUCAGCUGGCUCGAUACACGAUGUUUUUCUUGAUCAGAGAGCACCUAUACGUCCCGUUUUUGGCCUUCCUUUGGCGGAGGCCGUGGAGUUCUGUGGCCCUCGAGGAUACGAUUGUGGGCUUCCUGCUGUUGUCUACCGCUGCCUUGAAUAUCUCAGAGCCCAAAACGCUCAGUUGGAAGAAGGCAUUUUCCGAUUGAGUGGCUCAAAUGUGGUUAUCAAGGCUUUAAAGGAACGAUUCAACACAGAAGGCGAUUUGGACUUUUUCGAUGGCGACCGGUAUUACGAUGUUCAUGCGGUUGCUUCGCUUUUCAAACAAUACCUACGAGAGUUACCGACAACGGUCCUGACUAAAGAGCUUCAUUUGGAUUUCAUCCGUGUUCUCGAUUUGGAUGAUAAACAUCAAAAGAUCGCAGCGUUCAAUAGCCUGGUCCACAGGCUUCCUAGGCCGAAUCUUGAUCUACUUAAAGCUCUUUCUCAAUUCUUGAUAGUCAUCAUCAAAAAUGCUGAUGUGAACAAGAUGACCGUUCGCAACGUCGGUAUUGUGUUUGCUCCAACGCUGAACAUGCCUGCUCCCGUCUUUUCGUUGUUUCUCACAGACUUCGAUGCCAUCUUUCGGGACUAUCCGCCCAUCGGCCACAUUCCAAGGCCGGUUGAGCUAGUGGGAAACAAUCAACACCUAAACCCAGAAGACAUUCGGUCCCCUAGACAUCAGAUGUUUUCAGAUCUACCUACUCCUGCCUAUGAUCACAGUUCUUUUGACCAUCAUAGAGCCGACGCGGGGGAGGACCCCAAACGACGGGCAAACUAUAAUACCGGUUUCGUCCCUCUACAUCCUACUUACGAUCCGCCUCCAAUCCCGCACCAACAGAAUGAAGAGCCAAAUUUGGCACAUCUUCGUUCCAUCAACGGCUUACUUGCGCCUGGGGCGCCCACAUCGAAAAGUAAACGAAGGGAAAGCUCUCUAUUUUUUAUGGAUGCUGGAAAAUGA